AUGCUAAGUUAUAAAAACCCAUCUGUCGUUUUACAAAAACCAGGCAAAAUAGUUUUUGAAGAUCGGCCAGUUCCUAUAAUCUCUAAUCCAUAUUACGUUAAAGUGCAAAUUAAGAAAACAGGAAUCUGUGGAUCUGAUAUUCAUUAUUAUACUCAUGGGUCAAUUGGGUCCUUUGUUGUAGAAAAGUCUAUGGUCUUGGGGCAUGAAUCCAGUGGAAUAAUUGUAGAAAAGGGGAGCUUGGUGCCUGAUCAUUUGCAUGUUGGCGAUAAAGUGGCUCUUGAGCCAGGAAUCCCAAGUAGAUUCUCAGAAGAAAUGAAAUCUGGCCAUUACAAUCUUUGUCCUUCGAUGGCUUUUGCAGCUACACCACCAUUCGAUGGCACUUUAUGUCGUUAUUAUUUGGUUCCAUACGAUUUUGCUAACAAAUUGCCUGACAGCGUCUCGCUAGAGGAAGGUGCUUUGAUUGAGCCUUUGGCUGUUGCUGUGCAUGCAAAUAGAUUGGGAAAUGUGGUUUUUGGCUCAAAAGUUGCUGUUUUUGGUGCAGGCCCAGUUGGUUUGUUAACAGCAGCAGUGGCCAAAGCUUUUGGUGCUACUCAGGUUGUGGUUACAGAUUUAUUUGAAUCGAAAUUGAAAUUGGCAAGAGAAAUGGGGGCAACUUACACACACAGCUCAGUUGAAGAUAAUGACCAGUCUGAGGAGGAUAUAAUCAAUUUUUUCAUAAAAAAUUAUUUUGAGCCAGAAAUUGUGAUUGACUGUUCUGGGGCAGAAACAUGUAUUCGACUUGGUAUUUCAAUUCUCAAAAGAAAUGCAACAUAUGUUCAAGUUGGAAUGGGAAAAGAUAACAUUAAUUUUCCCAUCUCCAGAAUUUUGGAAAAAGAAGCAACAUUCAAAGGAUGUUUUAGAUAUGCACAUGGAGAUUAUAAGAGUGCUAUUGAACUAGUAGCUAAUCAAAAGGUGAAUGUCAAGUUAUUAGUAACGCAUCGCUUUUCAUUUGAAGACUCUAUUAAAGCCUAUGAUUUCAUGAAGGAUGGAGGAAACGCUGUAAAGUGUAUAAUCGAUGGUCCUACUGAUAGAUCUUAUAAGUUGUAA